AUGGCACUGCAGCAGCGCAGUUUCGCGUUCGCAGCAGUCGCAGCACUGCUUGCAUUGAGCAUUGCCGUCCUCAGCGCUCACGACCAGAACAGCCUCGACCGACGUGCUGUCGAGUUUGACUUUGCUUGCAACGCAUUCAUCUCGGUCAUCUUUGCCAUCAAGCAGCGCAACACGGACGCACUCGCCUCCAAGCUCAAGGCGGUCUCCGACCCCGCCACCGAGGACUGUGCCAAGUUCGUCGACGGCGAGCCAGAUGCUGUCAACAACGUUGUCACCUCGCUCAUCCUCCGAAACGUCGCCUACCGCAUGCCGGCUGCCAACAACUAUGUCAUUGUGGACAAGAUGCCUCUCGCAGUCGCAUCAGAGCUCUUCAUGUGCAAUAAACCUACAGAGGCUGGGAAUCCUCCAUUCGUGGUCUGUCGCGGUCAUUCGAAUUGA